AUGAAGGAACUGUACGGUCUCUACAAGCAGUCCACUGUUGGGGAUAUAAAUAUAGAGUGUCCUGGCAUGCUAGAUCUGAAGGGCAAGGCCAAGUGGGAAGCAUGGAACGUAAAGAAAGGCUUGUCUAAAGAAGAUGCGAUGAGCGCCUAUGUGUCUAAAGCCCAUGAGCUGAUAGAAAAAUACGGCGUGUAA